AUGGCGUCCAACGGCUCUGCGCCCAUACGCCAGCUCCUUGACGAACCGCGCGAGAACCGUUCUCGACAUCAACUCCGCCGUUCGCGCCCGUGUAGUCGCAAGUCCUUUAUUGUCAGUAUCAACCUCGAGCGCGUGGGAGUUUCAAAGGCGGCGGGUUUGAAGAAGAGCGGCUUGGAUUUUGUGGAACUAUCGGGCGGCACCUUCGAGGCCGGGGCCUUCUGCCACCUCGACGAGUCGACCAAAAAGCGUGAGCCGAGCUUGCCGACGUCAUCGUCCCCGGGUUGA